AUGUAUGCGGCCGAUCUGACGGCCGUCUUUGACGAGCUGUUGAAGAAGCAUGGCGGCCGGCCGACGACCGGAGCGAAAGGCGUCCCGGACACGACGAGUGGUUUUCUCAAGGAGGCCUACCGAAUUAACGGCCACAUCGCGACGCUCUCGAAGCAGCUCGGCGACAUCCGGCCGGCCUACCUCUCGACAGCACGGCCGCGGCGCAUCAAGCCGCGGCGCGGCGAUGUGGGCGGCACGACGACCAUGACCGGCCUGACCGACGGCCAGCGCGAGGAGAUUGACGGCAACGCUAAGCGGCUGCUGCGCGACCUCAACGCGUCGAUCCGCGGCCUGGCCGACGCCGAGGCCCUGCACCAGGAGACGCAGCGGGCGCUCGUGCGGCGCCGCCUGGGCGGCGGAGGGAUGGGCAUGCGGCUGGCCGGGCUCGCGCUGCUGCCGUCGCACAGGUCAGCCGAGCAGGCCGCCGCCGAGGAGGCGCUCGGCCAGGUGGCAGCCCAUCGUGAGAGCAUCCUCUGGCUGCUACGACAGCGGCUGCAAGCGUGCGGCCAAGCACAGCAGACGAUGAUGGAGGCGCGGGUGGCGCGCAUGGUGGUGGAGACGACGGUGGCGGGAUACGGGGUAGGAGGAGGUGGAGGAAUGGCGACAGCAACAGCCUUGGAACAGGACGAAAAGAGCCACGACAGCUCGCCCGCCCUCGACACAGAGGCCGGCCUGACGCAGGAGCAGCUGCAGAUGUUUGAGCACGACAACCUGGACAUGCUCAAGUACUACGAGACCACGCUGGACAAAUCACUGGUGGAGAUCUCGGAGCUGCAGUCGAUGCUCGUCGGCAACCUGGAGCUACAGUCGGCACACGUGGACCAGAUGGUGGCGGACUCGGUCAAUACGGCACAGAACGUGGCGCGCGGCAAUCAGGAGCUCAAGAAGGCGCUAGACCGCCCGAGCGCGGCACGGUACACGUUCUACGCAGCCAGCGGCCUGUGCCUCUUCGUGGUGGUGUGGGAUUUCUUCGUGUGA